AUGAAACAGCAGAAGAGAGAACGACGAGAGUGGGAAGAACGCGAGGGCAGCUGCGGCGGCGCAAACUUCACGCGCGGGCUCGGCAGCCCCAAGAAGGUCUGCGGAGGGCUGACCGUCAAGACCACCUUUUCGGGCGCGUCCUUCACCGUCGGGAACUGGACGCUGACCGUCCACGGCAACUACGUCUAUGGCCGCAUCUCUGGACCCCAGCACCGCCUUGACCUCGCCUUCAAGGCCCGCGGCGACGCGCCCGCGCGCUCAGUGCCGCAUGGCAUCGUCGGCCAGUCCUGCGAAUCGGAGGCUGAGGAUUCGCCGGCGGCGCGGCCGCUGUCCGCCGCCGUGGCGAGCGCCGCGUGCGACGGCGCGGAGGCCAUCGGCCGCACCAUGCUUUCCUGCUUUGGAGAGUGCUGCGGUGAGGAUUUCCCAAGCGAUGACGACGGCCUCGUCCUGCCAGUCGCGACCUCCUCAGCCUCUGGUCACAGACUCGCGCCGGACGGGACGAUCCGGCCAGCUUUCUUUGGGGCGCCCGCCGACGCCGCUUACCCGGCGCACAUGAUCGACUACCGGCUGCGCGGCGCCAGCUUUGCUGCCGCCGACGCCGAGUGGGAGGCGGCGAACAAGCCGGGCUUCCGGUACGGGCUUGGCGGCAAGCACAUGCGCAGCGACGCCGCCUCGUCGCAGCUGGCCUCCGCGCCCGACGGCCACUUCCUCAACCGGUAUUGCACAUCGGCGAUCAUGGAGGACAAGGCGGAGGUGUGGGCGGCGCUCAUGUGCUACGCCCUCACCCUUUCGACCGAGCCGCUGCGCGCAAAAGGGAGGCUGCUGCAAAAGCGCGCCGCUGAGCUCUGCCCGCUCCUCAACGACGCGUGGUGGGAGUCCGUCUACACGGCGCAGGCGACGCGUCAAAAUUUGUGGGAGCGACACGCGUCGCCCGACAACGGGACCAUCUAUCACCACUAUUUGACCGGCGAGGUGCGAACGGAGGCGGACCCGCCCGAGGGCUGGUCCAUCGAUAGCGCGUGACGUGCGCUCGGGCGGGGCCGUCUGAGGGCAGCGUCCGGUCCAUGGAGAGCGGUGGCACUGGCAAUCGCCGGUCGCAGUGCGGUGUGUGGACACGUGAUGCGCCACAAGGCGAGCCGCGCGAGCGGGAGCGCGUGUCCGCGCACUCCCGUAGCCCGGUCGAACACCCCGGGUCGCGAUUUUGGGAAGUGAAUACGGGGGCUUUUUUAUGAUGAAAUAAGAAUCUAAUGCCCGA